AUGGCGGAACAUCAUCAAGUCGACCAAAAGAAAGAUUUGCCCAUCUAUGGAGCUGGCGACGAGUCUACAUCAGCGACGGACAGAGAGGAUGAGGCUGGGAAUGAGAAGCAGAAUGGGUCGGCGCCUCCCAUUGAAGCGGCCCCGGAGGCGGAUGAGGCACCCGCAGCAGACGAGUAUCCUCACGGUCUAAGUCUAUUCUUUAUUGUGGUGGCUAUCAUGCUCGCCACGUUUAUCAUAUCUCUUGAUCAAACAAUUGUCGGUACCGCAAUCCCAAAAAUCACCGAUCAAUUCCACGGCCUUGACAAAGUAUCAUGGUACGCGUCGGCAUACUUCAUGACCUUCGGUGGCUUCCAGACCUCGAUGGGCAAAGCAUACCGUUAUUUUAGUCUAAAAACAACAUUCCUCGUUUCUCUCUUUAUUUUCGAAGUUGGCAGCCUCAUAUGCGGCGUGGCGCCAAAUGCCAACGCGUUGAUUGCUGGACGAGCGAUUGCGGGCUUGGGCGGUGCAGGUAUGGCGACGGGUGGGUUCACAAUCAUUGCUUUCUCUUCCGAGCCCAAAAGACGACCUCUAUUUACGGGCUUGGUCGGAUCUGCCUAUGGCUUGUCUGCUGUCGCUGGUCCGCUCAUUGGUGGUGCUUUUUCAGACAAGGUUUCCUGGAGGUGGUGCUUCUACAUUAAUCUGCCGGUUGGAGGUCUUGCAGCCGCGAUCAUUUUGAUCUUCUUCCACUCCCCGAAAGGCGCCAAGCCGGUCAAGGCGCCAUUGAAAGAGAAGAUCUUAAAUAUGGACCUUGUUGGCGUGUCUUUGCUCAUGUGCCUCAUCAUAUGUUUCAUCCUCGCCCUCCAGUACGGAGGACAAACUAAACCCUGGAACUCAAGUGAAGUGAUCGGCCUACUCGUCGGCUUUGUCGCUAUCCUCGUCGUCUUGGCAAUCUGGGAAUAUUACCUGGGUGAGCGCGCCAUGCUUGUGGGACGGCUGCUCAAGAAACGUUCUCUUUGGGCUCCUUCAACAUAUAUGUUCUUCUUUGCCGGCGCCUAUUUCAUCCUCCUCUAUUAUCUCCCAACCUACUUCCAAAGCAUUGACAAUACCAGCCCUAUCGGGUCCGGAGUACGGAACUUGCCAAUGGUGAUCACCUUUAGUAUCGCAGCUAUUAUUGCAGGCGGGUUCGUUGAAAAAACCGGCAUUGCGACACCAGUCAUGCUUGUGGGAUCUGCUAUCGCAACGAUUGGAACCGGUUUGAUCUACACAUGGGAUAUCGGCACCCCGGCUGGAAAAUGGAUUGGCUAUCAAAUUCUCGCUGCCUUCGGUUUUGUUAUUCCGUGGCUUGUCCCCAUGAACAUUGCCCAGGCAAAUGCAGACGCCCAAGAUAUGUCAACAGUGACAGCUUAUAUUUUCCUGGCCCAAACUCUCGGGGGAGCUUUCAGCGUCUCGGCCGCCCAGUCAGCCUUCGUGAACACGAUGCUCAAAAAAUUAGCAACAACGGCCCCUGAUGUCAAUCCCGGGGCUUUAAUUGCAACGGGAGCAACACAGAUUCGCGCAGCUUUUCCCGACGACAUAGAUGGUGUUCUUCUUGCGUACAUGGCAGGCCUCAAAGCCACUUUUGCGAUUUCGGUCGGUAUGGUUGGAUUCGCCUGUCUGCUGAGUUUUUUCACUCCCUGGAAUAGACUUCAUGGUUCAAGUGGAGGCGCUGCUUUUGCUUGA